AUGAGAUUUCUCACCAUACUCGUUUUUACCGCAACUAUUGCAUUGGCUUCUUUCGGUGCCAACGCACAAACAACAACCACCGGAGCUCCAACAGCUCUUCCAUCCUUUACUUACAGUCUCACCGAACAAUCUGCUGCUGAACGACAGGACCUUUGUAAUCGGAACAUGGGAUAUUGUAUGAACAACUGUGGUGGCCCUGACAAAGCACCAAAGAACUUCUGUAAUGUUACUACCAUGGGAUGGGGAUGUGGUUGUAAAGAUAAAAUCCCGGAUUACCAAGCUUAUCAAUGGCCCAUUAACUAUGCUAAUUGUGCCUGCCAAAGUGCUUGUAAAGGCGAUCAGUCUUGUAUUGUAGCUUGCACCAAAGCAUAUAGUUCAGUAUGUGGAACUUCCGACCAACCUCCGGCUUAUUACCAAGUCGAUGAUCCUUCUAUUACUCCAUCCUAUGGACCUUCAAAGAGUGGUAGUAGUAAUGCUGCAACCAGCGGAUCUGUUGGAUCUACUAACCCCACUAGCACUCCUAGUUCAACUAACAGCACAGCAAGCGAUGGUACAAAUGUUUCACCAUACUCAAUUAUCUACCCAUUAGCUAUCGUUGCUGCUGGUAUGAUGAUGCUUUAG